GGAACCGAACUGCCACUGCUGAUAGACCUGAGAGCAGGAUCGCCUGAGACAUGGAGCGAGAGCCGAUGCGCAUAAGGGAGGGCUACUUGGUUAAGAAGGGCAGCAUGUUUAAUACCUGGAAGCCAAUGUGGGUUGUGCUCUUAGAAGAUGGAAUAGAAUACUACAAGCGGAAAGCUGACAACAGCCCCAAAGGGAUGGUCCCACUUAAAGGAAGCUCUAUUAACAGCCCAUGCCAAGAUUUUGGUAAAAGGAUGUUUGUUUUCAAGCUCACUGCAGCCAAGCAGCAGGACCACUUCUUUCAAGCUGCCUACCUGGAGGAGAGAGAGGCCUGGGUACGGGAUAUCAAGAAAGCUAUUAGUUGCAUAGAUGGAGGCCAAAGGUUUGCCAGAAAAUCCACGAGAAAGUCUAUCAGACUGCCUGAAACAAUCAACCUUAGUGCUUUGUACCUCUCAAUGAAAGAUCCUGAAAAGGGAAUAAAGGAGCUGAGGCUGGAAAAAAAUAAAAAAGUGUUCAAUCACUGCUUUACAGGCACCUCUGUGAUUGACUGGCUGGUGUCCAGCAACUUCAUCCGGAAUCGCAAGGAGGGUCUCAUGCUUGCCUCUUCCCUCUUGAGUGAGGGCUAUCUACAGCCUGCAGGGGAUACAGCCAAGGCUGCUGCUGAGGGACUAUCAGACACACCCUUCUUAGAUCUCAGCGAUGCCUGCUAUUACUUUCCAGACAGUGGUUUUUUCUGCGAGGGAAAUUCUAGUGAUGAUGAUGUGGUCCUGAAAGAAGAAUUUAGAGGCAUAAUAGUUAAACAAGGAUGUUUGCUGAAACAGGGACAUCUGAGGAAGAACUGGAAAGUGAGAAAGUUUGUUUUAAGAGAGGACCCUGCAUAUCUUCACUAUUAUGAUCCCGCUGGAGGAGAAGAACCACUAGGAGCAAUUCGCUUGAGAGGCUCUGUGGUGUCAGCAGUGGAAGAUAUGCCAGACUCCAAGAAGUGUGAUGUGGCCAACGUCCUCUUUGAAAUCAUCACAGCAAAUGAAAUCCACUAUUACUUGCAAGCAGCCUCACCUGCAGAGCGUACAGAGUGGAUCAAAGCAAUUCAGGCAGCCACUAGGGCUGGAAAAUGAAGAUGAUCUGCCAGCAAGAAGACAGACAACUGAAAUUAAUUACUCAAAACAAAACAAGAAUUUUGGCAUUUCACUGAGAGGAAGCAAUAUCAUUCAGAAAGGAGAUGUAAGGGUUGGGAGUAAGGGCAGGUAGUAAGUUUCCAUUCUAUAGUGGGCACUAGCAAAUUAACAUUUUUCCAUUUCUCUUAUGGUAAAAUUUUACUAAAUUAUAGCCUAGAACAUGCCAUAUAAGUGUGUGCUCUUUUGAGUAAUCAGUCUACCUUGAGAAGGGUGCAGCUUAUACCUUUCCCUGCUACCACAGCUGAUAGAAAGAAAUUCACCAUUAACAAGGGACAGAAUCAUGUCAUUGAUUGUGAGCAACUCAACUUGUCACCUACAAUUCAGCCCAUGUUCUGUUUCAAUAUCUUCAGAUGUUUUAAAGUCUUCCCAAGAUAAAAUUUACACUUUCUCAUUUGCCAGAUCCUUUUACUUCUUGUUCACCUAUCUGACUAAUGUGAUAGAUGUAAUGAAAGAAAUCAGCUCACUUGGAAACUUGAUCCACUCCUUUAUAAUCAAUCCUUCAGUGUUAAGGAAUAAUGCGGAUGAUGGAAACACUAUGUGGAAAGCAAGUAUGACUCAGUGGCAGCAAUAUGAGGAAAAAUCUCUUUCCACAAUAUUUCAAACAUCACACAAUUUCAGUUUGACUUCUUUAUCACCUUAUUUUUACAUUUGUUAAAUUUCUUCAUAGUAGUCUGCUCUGGGACCAUUGUUUCCCUUAAUUUAGAUCUCCAAAGAAGUUGCUACAGUGUAAUGAAGUGCUCAUUUGACCUGUAUUUGAUAUAAGAACCUUACAGGAGAAGGGAAAGAAUCCAUGGAUUACUCAUUUGAACUGCUUAUGGAAGUGGCUUUGCUUAGGUUUUUCUUUUUCCUUUUUGAUACUCAGUCCUUGGUUCUGUGCCUUGGUAAUAUAAGGGAAAUCUUACACUUGCUGUAACUGAAACAAACAUUAUUAUUAUUAUUUGACAGGGUCAGUUUCCCUGUCAAUCCUUUUCAUUUUUUUUCUCAUUGUAUGUAUCAAACUUACAGGUCUUAAAUUGCAGCAGGAGGUGAAAGUUAGUAUAAGAUUCUGCAUGUAGACUGGUCCUGUUACAAACUGAUGUUUCUGAGU